CAUAAAUUGAAAUUUACAUUCUGUAAUUUUUUAAUUGCAAAUUAUUUCACUAAUACAAAUUAGUGAAAAUGCAGAAGUAUGAAAAACUCGAAAAAAUUGGUGAAGGCACAUACGGCACUGUUUUUAAAGCAAAAAAUAAAGAAACUCAUGAAAUAGUGGCUCUCAAGCGCGUAAGAUUAGAUGAUGACGAUGAAGGGGUUCCAUCCUCUGCACUCCGUGAAAUAUGUCUGCUUAAGGAAUUAAAACACAAAAAUAUCGUCCGUCUAUACGAUGUGUUACACAGUGAGAAGAAAUUGACUUUAGUGUUUGAACAUUGUGACCAAGACUUAAAGAAAUAUUUCGACAGUCUUAACGGUGAAAUUGAUUUAGAUGUGGUUAAGUCAUUUAUGUACCAGCUUCUUCGAGGUCUCGCUUUUUGCCACAGUCACAACGUACUUCAUCGUGAUUUAAAACCUCAAAAUUUGUUAAUAAAUAAAAACGGGGAAUUAAAAUUAGCUGAUUUUGGCCUUGCAAGAGCUUUUGGUAUUCCCGUAAAAUGUUAUUCCGCAGAGGUUGUUACCCUAUGGUACAGACCUCCUGAUGUAUUAUUUGGGGCUAAGUUGUACACAACUAGUAUUGAUAUGUGGUCUGCUGGGUGCAUUUUUGCAGAACUUGCAAACUCUGGAAGACCACUGUUUCCUGGAUCUGAUGUUGAUGAUCAACUUAAACGAAUUUUUAAGCUGCUUGGUACGCCAAAUGAAGAUACCUGGGCAGGUGUAACACAAUUACCAGACUAUAAACCACUAGCAGCUUACCAACCUAGUUUAGGUCUUGCCCAAGUAGUACCAAGGUUACCAGCUCGAGGGAGAGAUCUCCUGACUCGUCUGCUCACCUGCAACCCGGCAUUAAGAAUGCCAGCUGAUGAUGCCAUGGCACAUGCUUAUUUCCAUGACCUCAAUCCAUCAGUGAAAAAUGACCGAUGUUAACAAUCAAUACACCCGUAUAGGUGUACCUCAGAACUAUUAUUUAGUAAUAAGAAUCAAGACAUUGAUGAAGUGCAACAGUGUUGUGAAGAAGAAACAUGAAUUUUCUAGAAAGAAAAAUGUUUUUAUUUGUGUUUGACAGUGAUCAUAUAUUUUAAUUAUAAUAUUUACAUCAUUGAUUAUUAAAAAAAAAACAUUUUUUAAUCACCAAUGGUUAAGGCUUAUCUGUGCAUUUUAUUUGAUAAUAUUUAUUAUAAAUGUAACAAGAUUUUAUGCAACUAACAUUUUUUAAUAUAUUUAACUGCCAAAUUGUUUUGCUUAAUGCAUUUAUUAUAAGGUUUAAGUAUCUGUAAAAUAGUAGUAUAUUAAUUGAUUAAUCAGUAGAUGUGAUAGUAUAUAAUAGAAAAUAUAUUACAUAACUGUAACAUUAGAUAGAAAUUAGUUUAU